CGCGCAUGACAAGUUUGAGUGGAUUUUUUCACUAUCUUCAGACAAUCAAAGAGAGCCAGAGGUUUUGUUCUCUGCCAGUAAAGAAUCAAAUAUUCACACACUGUCUGUGAAGAUAGAUUGAACUCACAAAAAAACUCUGUGAGAGAGAGAAAUGCUAAGUUCGAUAUCGAUUCGCCUUCCAUUCCCAAACCCUAAACCUCCCAAAUUCGAUUCAUGUUUGAUGAGAUGCGUCUCCUUUUGUCCCAUCCGGGUCGGGUUCUCGGUUCGAUGCUUAUCUAGACGUUUGAGUCAAUUGCGUGGAAAUGAGUCUCGGAGAUGCUUCCAACGAAAUGCGUCUUGUUACCUCGAUGAUGAGAAAUCUGCAGAAAAAGAUAGAAAUCUUGAUUUAUUGGUCGAGACAUCGAUAGUAGCUCACACGACGACACAGAGAGUUCUUAAGCUUUUGGCUGUAUCUACUCCGCUUGCAUUACUCGGAACUAGCCCAGCUUUUGCGGUUUCUCAAAUUCCGCAGUCAUUUGUCACUUCUCUUGGAGACCUCGGAGACAUUAGCUCAGGUUUUGCUUCGGCGUUCUUGCUUAUCUUUUUCUCUGAACUUGGAGACAAGACUUUCUUCAUUGCGGCCCUUUUAGCAGCAAGGAACAACGCUGCUACUGUUUUCGCUGGGACUUUUGGUGCUCUUGGGAUAAUGACGAUAAUAUCUGUAGUGCUAGGAAGGACUUUCCACUAUGUCGAUGAAGUUCUUCCCUUCAGGUUUGGUGAGACCGAUUUGCCUAUAGAUGAUAUUGCAGCAGUUUGUCUUCUGGUUUACUUUGGUGUUUCAACGUUAGCAGAUGCUAUCUCUGACGAUGGACUUAAAGCCGAGGAGGAACAGAAAGAAGCAGAACUAGCGGUUUCAGAGCUUUCAGGUAACGGAGCCGGGUUAGCAGCAGCCGCCAACACCAUCAUCAGCACUUUCGCUUUGGUUUUUGUUGCUGAAUGGGGUGAUAAAUCCUUCUUCUCAACCAUUGCUCUUGCGGCUGCUUCAUCGCCAUUGGGUGUCAUCGCCGGAGCAUUGGCGGGUCAUGGUGCUGCUACCCUGCUUGCGGUUUUGGGAGGUUCUUUGCUAGGAAACUUCUUGUCAGAGAAGGCAAUAGCUUAUGUCGGAGGAGUUUUGUUUCUCGUGUUUGCUGCUGUGACAGUGUCUGAGAUCAUUACGUAAGUGACGAAAUAAUAUUAUUUAUUUUCCUCCUAUUCGUAUGCGAAUUUUAAAUACAUUUUUAUGUUUGUAAAUUUAUAUGCAUUGUUUAUUGUGCACUCUAUUGUGAAUUUACAGUUUGAUAUGCAUCGAUGCAUUUGCUUUUAGUGGUUAGAUUUGCGAAUUUAGUUAAUAAUCGUAUUAUGUUUUUGAAAGAUACGUCCAAACAUAACACGUGUUUGAGAUAGUAAAGAAUAUAAAGGAGUCGAACAUGGUUGAGCAUAUUCUUUUUAUUAUUCUUCGUGUAAAGGUA